AUGGGCGUAACUUGCGUUCCAGUGUAUCUCGACUGUAGAAAGAUAAAGAGAAAUAAAGGCUACGUAAAAGCCUUGGAAAAUUACGCGGUUCAUUUAGAAAACUCCCUAGUGAGAAUGAAGGAAACGAAUAACAACGAUAUUAGGCAGGACAUAUUGGAUUCAGUAUCUUUAGAUAGCUCAUUGCACUCUAUUCCACAGGAAACCCAGGCACCAGUUCCAUCGACUGCAGAUUCAAUAGAAAAUGGUACAACACAGUUUUACAUUGGUCCAAUCAUCCCAGGUAGCAGUGCAUUCCCUAAUGAAUCGCUAGCAAUUACAAGUAACCAACUUCCUCCAGGGGUCAAUGAGGAAGACUCAGGUAUAUCUUCUGAUAAGUAUAGGACCUUAGCCAGAAGUCCUUUUAUUAUCUUGUCUCUUUCUUUGUUUUUUAAGUGGUUGUAUCCAAGUCAUUACUUCUUCGUUUAUAGAGAAGCCCUUCUUUCUGCAUUCUUUCAGGAUAAACACUCAAAAAGUUAUUAUUGUUCAGAAGAAUUGAUAUAUGCAAUUGUUGCUUUAGGUUCCAAAAUAACUAACAAAUCUGAUGAGCUAUAUCGGAAAUCAGUGAAGUACUAUAGCUUUUCAAAACAGAUAGUUUUGAAAAAAGUUUUCCAGACUAGAUAUUAUUCAUCUGGGAAACUAAAAUCCUCUUCAUCAAAAUUGGCCCUUAUCCAGAGUUUGUUGUGCCUCGCAUUCUAUGAUAUGGGAAGAGGUGAAAAUUCUUCCGCUUGGUAUUUUUCUGGAUUGGCUUUUAGAAUUGUUCAUGAAAUCGGCCUACAUCUAGAUCCUGCUGCUUUAAGUGGCGCAUACGAGGGAGACUUGACUCAAAUGGAUAUCGAAGUUCGAGUAAGAAUUUAUUGGGGAUGCUAUUUAGUGGAUCACUUUAUGGCUGAAUUAUAUGGUAAGUCAACCAUUCUAAGGUUGUCAAAUUCUACUGUUCCAGAGACGGAUGAAUUGCCAGAUAUCAAAGAGGGCUUCGAGGAAUACAUGUAUUCUGAUCCGGAUAAACCGCUACUCGUGGCUACUCCGGUAAAAAGGUUAAUUGUUCUAUCAAGAAUUGCAGAGUUGUAUGCCAACGAGAGCAUCAUUCCAUCGAAAAGUAUAUCGGAAAGGAAGAAAGACCUUUCAGACUUCAACAGGGAUAUACAACAGUGGAGACUUAAUCUGCCAAAGGAAUUGGCAUGGACAACCGAAACAUUAACUACAGAAGAAGAUUUUGAUCCUACCAUAUCUUUUGUGUGGUAUCAUUAUUAUAUGGUACUGAUCUCUUACAAUAAACCUUUUGUUUCCGAUUUUAAUGAAAGCAGGCAACUCAUUGAAGACGUCAUAACAGAUUUAUUUUACUUACUAAAGAAUUGGAUAUCCAAAUAUCAUACCUUUGAAAAAUGUAGCAUUCAAAUGGUUACUACUGCCAUAUUAGCCCUCCAAUGUAUAAAUAGUGAGAAAAUUUGCAACAGGUAUUACGGCUACUUUAUUAACUUUCUAAAAUCGCCCACUAUAAACUACGAAUUUUCGCCCGAACUUUUUGAAGAUAAAGCUGCUGAAUCACUUUGUGUACUUAACCUUUCAGAUGAUACUAACCUCCUGUUAAAUGAUAACUCGGAUUUGUCAUUGUUGAGCGAAAUUGAUGCACUGAUAAAUAAACACAUAUAA